CUGUUCUCUGCUGACUUGAUCCUUGAUCCGAUACACCGUGGGUUCUCAUCUUGGUUUUGACUUUGGGUUUGGGCGACUGGUACAAAAAUGUCUGUUCUUUCUGCCCGUUUAGCUGCUACUGUUGCAAGAAAUAUUCCAAGAAAUGUUGCCCAGGUUACAGGUGCAGCAUUCCCUGUUGCUUCAGUUGCAGCACGUAAAAUCCAUGUUUCUGCACAAAACAGGGGUGCAGAAAUUUCCUCCAUCCUUGAGGAACGAAUCCUAGGAACAGCACCCAAAGCUGAUCUUGAUGAAACUGGUCGUGUAUUGAGCAUUGGUGAUGGUAUUGCCCGUGUCUAUGGGUUGAAGAACAUCCAAGCUGAUGAGAUGGUGGAAUUUUCAUCUGGUCUCAAGGGUAUGGCUCUUAACUUGGAGCCUGACAAUGUUGGUGUUGUAGUAUUUGGUAAUGACAAACUAAUCAAGGAAGGAGAUAUUGUCAAAAGAACUGGUGCCAUUGUAGAUGUUCCUGUUGGUGAACAAAUCUUAGGACGUGUAGUUGAUGCUUUGGGUAACCCCAUUGAUGGCAAAGGCCCUCUUGGCACCAAAACUCGUUUCCGUGUUGGUAUCAAGGCUCCAGGUAUCAUCCCUCGUAUCUCUGUCAGAGAACCUAUGCAGUCUGGAAUCAAGGCUGUAGAUUCUCUUGUACCAAUCGGUCGUGGUCAGCGUGAGUUGAUCAUUGGGGAUCGUCAAACUGGAAAAACCGCUCUGGCCAUCGACACCAUCAUCAACCAGAAGCGUUUCAACGAUGCCGAGGACGAGAAGAAGAAACUGUACUGCAUCUACGUCGCCAUCGGUCAGAAGAGGUCGACGGUGGCGCAGAUCCUGAAAAGGCUCACCGACACCGGUGCCAUGAAGUACACCAUCAUCGUGUCGGCUACCGCUUCGGACGCCGCCCCCCUGCAGUACCUGGCGCCCUAUUCGGGGUGCGCCAUGGGUGAGUUCUUCAGAGACAACGGCAAGCACGCUCUCAUCAUCUACGACGAUUUGUCCAAGCAGGCUGUGGCCUACCGACAGAUGUCACUGUUGCUGCGCCGUCCGCCCGGUCGUGAGGCCUACCCCGGGGACGUCUUCUACUUGCACUCGCGGCUGCUGGAGCGUGCCGCCAAGAUGUCGGAGGCGCACGGCGGCGGCUCGCUCACCGCGCUGCCCGUCAUCGAGACGCAGGCUGGAGACGUGUCCGCCUACAUUCCGACCAACGUGAUUUCCAUCACCGACGGCCAGAUCUUCUUGGAGACGGAGCUGUUCUACAAGGGCAUCCGGCCGGCCAUCAACGUGGGGCUGUCAGUGUCGCGGGUGGGGUCUGCCGCCCAGACCAAGGCCAUGAAGCAGGUCGCCGGCUCCAUGAAGCUGGAACUGGCCCAGUACCGUGAAGUGGCCGCUUUCGCGCAGUUCGGCUCCGACCUGGACGCCGCCACGCAGCAGCUGCUGAACCGCGGCGUGCGGCUCACCGAGCUGCUCAAGCAGGGCCAGUACGUGCCGAUGGCCAUCGAGCAGCAGGUCGCCAUCAUCUACUGCGGCGUGCGCGGCCAUCUCGACAAGAUCGAUCCGUCGAAGAUCACCGUUUUCGAGAAGCAGUUCUCCGAGCACAUCAGGGCUAGCCAUCAAACUAUUUUGCAAAGCAUCGCCAAGGAGGGUAAGAUCACAGACGAAACUGAUGCCCAACUCAAGAAAGUCGUACAAGACUUCAUUGCCAACUUCGCUGGUUAAAUGAAUUUGUAUUAACUCUGUUGUAAUGUAAUCUAUAUAUUAUUAUUUUUUGUUAUUAUCCUCAUAAAGUUUUUCAAAUG